ACAUAUUUCACCAUAUACUAUCAUUUCAUCACCAAACUCUGCUUUUUCUUUCUUUUACAUAGCCGGUUGCAGGGUUACACAUGGCCACUAGCUUAAUUUUUCAAGGAAGCAAAAUUACAGCCAAUUGGUGACCGGUUGACAGCUUAAUGAAAAGAGAUUCUUCCAAAAAAAGUAUGCUCUACCUUCUUGUGCACUCAAAAGAAUUCUCGCCCAAACUCAAAUAACAGAAACUUUCCCACCAUCCUAUAAUAUGAAGUGGUUCUUACUGCUGAAUGAAGCAGGCAAUAUGCCUCCACAAAACUACUCUCCCAAUCCUCAAUUAUCGCUUCUUCUCACCUCUCCGCCACAACUCAAAACAAAAACAGGUUGGAAAUAUAGUCAACCAAUGGGCGUUACUAGCAAGAAAUUGAUCAAAACCUUAGUUUUUGUAUUGAUAACCAUUUCACUUCUCAGACUUCUAUGGAUCACUAUUCGUACUACAUUUAUUUCUACACAGAUUGCUUUCAUGCCUCCUGCUCUUGUGAAUGCAUGUUCCUCUCCUCAUGUUUGUAAUAAGACUACACAACACAGACAAAGCCCAUCAACUCAACCUCCCUCAUUUUCCAAUGUCAGUGGCCUCACGGACAAAGAAUUCCACUUCCUUUCUCAUCUCAUUUCUCACAAGGCUCCCUGCAACAUUCUGAUCUUUGGGCUUGAACACCAGUACCUUGCAGUAGCCUCGUUACUCAAUGCAGGAGGCACCACUAUUUUCCUUGAAGAUAACCCCAGCAAGCUAAGGGAUGCAAAUACAUAUGCCAAAAAUAUUACAGUCAAAGAGGUAAGGUAUCAGACAUAUGCCAAAGAUGCUUACAAAUUGCUUAAGCACGCAAGAACAAACCCACGCUGUGCUCUAAACUCAGGGUUACAUGACAUGCCAAGGUGCAAGCUAACAUUAGAAGAGCUUCCAAAGGAAGUAUAUAAGCUGAAUUGGGAUGUUGUCAUAGUCGAUGGACCAAGUGGGGAGGGACCAGAAUCACCAGGAAGAAUGGCUACCAUCUAUACUGCAAGUGUACUAGCAAGAAGAGGAAAUAUGACCAACGUAAUAGUACAUGAUGUGGAUCGUAUGAUCGAAAAGUGGUUUUCUUGGGAGUUCUUCUGUGAAGAGAAUUUGGUUUCUUCUAAAGGUAGAUUUUGGAAUUUUCAUAUCGCCAAAGAGGUCAAUUCUACAAGGUUCUGCAAUGCAUAGGAUUGCUAGAAAGAUGAAUACCCUACAGCUUUGAAUAACCUAGAAAUGCUACUAUACAGAGGAUCGCAGGCUUUUUGCUGCUUCUAGAUAUAAGCUUGAGGGUAUAUGGUUUUGAUAUAAUAUAUAGCAGAAAAAAGUUGAGAACUGUAGUGUAGAACUGCUGUAUAUAGCGAGUACAAGCAAAAAAGUUUUGGACUAA